AUGACAAGUCGUUUUGACAAUUCGACUUUGACAUUGACAGCAACACUACAACAAACAAAUAACUUGGUGUUUUUAAUUUUUGUUUAUUUCUGAAAUGUCGGGAGAAGAUUGUGAAAUAUUAGAUCGUGGUGACACUGAAGGACAAAAAUCUGAUAAAAUGUUCACUCUCAAAAAGUGGAAUGCUGUUGCUAUGUGGAGCUGGGAUGUAGAGUGUGAUACUUGUGCUAUUUGCCGCGUUCAGGUGAUGGAUGCCUGUCUAAGAUGCCAAGGUGAGAGCAAAAAGGAUUCCUACGGAAAGCAAGACUGCGUUGUCGUGUGGGGCGAAUGCAACCAUAGUUUUCACUUCUGCUGCAUGUCGCUGUGGGUGAAGCAGAAUAACCGGUGCCCGCUCUGCCAACAGGAGUGGUCUAUUCAACGAAUGGGCAAGUAGACCUGAAGACUGCGUACGUGGAUCUCAAUAACAACUGUUAAAAGUAGAUUUUCUUCUCAAACUUGACGUAAUAAACUGCUCUAAUCGUU